CACGCUUUAGUUCUGUGAAGUCAAGAGCACUACCCCUCCUGGGGAGCACCUCGGAGCAGAUGCUGAAGGCCUGAGUGGAAACGUGGAGCGGAAACUCUCAAAGCAAAACUACCUUGGCAGCUGACCAUGACUCUGGCGUCCAGGAAGGGGAGCUUUGGCGUGAAGUGCCUCCUGAUGGCUGUGUGGCCCAGCCGGGCUGUGCUCCCCCAGCUCCAGUGACGCCUGGCUAACUGGGAGGACAGCCGGGGUGCAGAGGGGAACUUGAGCCCACCGUGGGGGCUGGAGCUACGCGUUCUGCAGCUCAUGACCGCGUGGCCCUGCCAGAAGGAACCGGGGGCCCAGCUGCCGCAGCAUGGAGCACUCAAGCAAGAUGGAGUUCUUCCAGAAGCUGGGCUACAGCCGGGAGGAUGUGGUCAGAGUGCUGGGCAAACUGGGGAAGGGCGCCCUGGUCAACGACGUGCUGCGGGAGCUGAUCCAGACCGGCAGUCGCCCGGGGGCCGGUGAGGGCAGCGGGGCGCCCCUGCUCGUUCCCAGGGGCUCCUGCGCGGCCCUGGACUCUGUCCAGCGCAGGCCAGCAGCGGAGCUGGAAGAGGACUGCGGAGGCCCCGCGGGUUCCUUGCGACCCAUAGUGAUCGAUGGCAGCAACGUGGCAAUGAGCCAUGGAAAUAAAGAAGCCUUCUCUUGCCGGGGAAUCCAGCUGGCUGUGGACUGGUUCAGGGACAGAGGACACACCUACAUCAAAGUUUUUGUCCCAUCCUGGAGGAAAGACCCACCGAGAUCCGACACCCCUAUUAGAGAGCAGCACGUGCUGGAGGCACUGGAGAGGCAGGCCGUGCUUGUGUACACCCCAUCCCGCAAGGUGAACGGCAAGCGGGUGGUCUGUUAUGAUGACCGCUACAUCGUGAAGGUGGCCUACGAGCUGGAUGGGGUCAUCGUCUCCAACGACAAUUACCGCGACCUUCAGAGCGAGAACCCCGAGUGGAAGUGGUUCAUCGAGCAGAGGCUGCUCAUGUUCUCCUUCGUCAAUGACCGGUUCAUGCCCCCUGAUGACCCCCUGGGCCGCCGGGGACCCACUCUGAGCAACUUCCUGAGCCGGAAGCCAAAGCCCCCGGAGCCAUCCUGGCAGCACUGCCCCUAUGGCAAGAAAUGCACCUAUGGCGUCAAGUGCAAGUUCUACCACCCGGAGAGGCCGCACCUGGCGCAGCUGGCGGUGGCUGACGAGCUGCGAGCGCAGACUCGGGCUUGGCAAGGCGCGGAGGCGGAGCGGCUGAGGGGCGCGCGGGCGGCGGCGGCCGGGACGGAGCAGGGGGGCCCCCGAGGCGCUUCCAACGCGGCCUGGCCGGGGGGCCCAGAGCCCGGCGCGCGCAGCCUGCCCUCUGCGCGGCCGGUGGCCGUCGUGGAGGCGCUCGAAGGUGGCUUCUCGCGGCUCGCCUUCAGCGACGACCCGGGGCUCCUCGGGACGCCUCCUCGGGACGCCGGGCUCACGCUCCAGCCGCGCCGGCCGGACUGGGUGGCGCGGGGGCCCUCUCCGACCCCGGCAGCCCCGCCCGACCUCCCGAGCCCCCGGGGCUCGUCUGGCCCGCCGACCCGGCCGCGCGGGGGGCACGUCCCCGGGGCCGCGCACAGUGAGCUGCUCUCCCAGCGCAGAUGGCCCGCCGACGCGCGCGCCCUUCCCCCGGCGGCCGGCCGGUUCCCGGGCCGGUCGGCUUGGGCGGAACGCGGCUGGGGCUACGGCGCCUUCGACGGACCGUCGGGGUCGCCGCCUCCCUCCGCUCCCAGCGAGGCGGACGCGCGCGCGCGGGCGCGCAUCGUGCUCUGCAGCAUCUUCCCGCCGCACCAGGUGGACAGCGUCAUGGCCCGGUUCCCCGCGCUCUCCGACGUCACCAGGCUCAUCCUUCUCAUCCAGAAAUUCCAAAGGUCUGGUGCGCCUGUGGGAAAAUCCUAAGAAACUCGCCAAUGCCACCGCAAGUGAUGUCCCAGCCUUGCCCUACCACUUGGGCAGGGCGGGUUGUCAGCCUGCUCCUGGGGCGAGCCGCUGUAAAGCCCCCUUUUCUUCAGAGAUGGUCAGGGAAGCCAGCUUCCUCACCCUCAGCCCGGCUCCUGGUGGCACUCGAUGACCCUCCCUGACACUGCAGGGCUUGCUGCUGGAGGUCAAUAAGGUCGGCCCCUUCCGGGAGGGAGUGAUGUCUUAUGUGUGGAAGUCUACGGGUCCCCCGACAGCUCCGAGGGUUGGUCUAGAACACUCCAUGCCUGUUUUGACAAGCUGCAGUUGGGAUCCACAAGUGGGUCACAAAGGCAAUUUUAUGGGUCACACCAGAAAGAGGAAAUCUCAGAGUGCACACCGCAAGUAAUCAAGCUAGGUAUGAAACUCCUGUUCGUUAGCUUCAGGUGGGUGCACCUGCAUCCCCUUAGUACCCAUGUAAACCUGAGGUGGGUCCUGGAAAAAAGCUUGAAAAAUCCUGGUACAUGGCCUUGAAUUUUAUUGUAUCAAAUCGCAUUUGACAUAUGUAGUGGGUUGGUUGAUGGAGUUUUCAGCAUCUGGAGGUUUUCAGAUGAGCUGUUUCUUACCUCAUAAGGGGAACCUAGAAUUCUAGCUUUGAUGUGUGGGCUCCACUUGUCACUCUGAGAUUGCGAUUGCUGGUCUGUGGGGGCGGGGCAGGGCCAUGGUGUCCUGAGGGUCUGCUCCUGGGGCCUUCACACCACACACACACACACACACACACACACACACACACACACACACAUACACACACCCUUCUUGACUCAGGGACUUCCCUCAGGGCAUUUUCUAGCAAGCUCCUCUACUGGCUGAGUUUUCUAAGCUGCCCCUCACACGUGAGCCAAGGCCCACUGAGUCAGAACUUGUGCCCAGGAACAUUGAGGUGGGUCAGUGAAGAGCUGAACUGUCCUCAGUCAUGGAGGUUUAUUGGCCCCUUCCACCACUGCUGUUUCUUCCAGCCAGCUACUGCUUUGAGUUUUGGGGCAAAGGGACCCACCCAUUUGCAAUGGGCAAGAAAUGAGACUGGGCUUCCCCAGUGUGGACCCUGCAUCCUCAGGGGGCCCUGGCAUCUCUAGGGGGCGUCUGCCAUUCACUCUGGGUUACAAGUCCAGUGGGGCAGGUCUUGGCUCAUUUGCUCAUGAGGGCCCUUGGUGGCUAGCCAUCUGGGAGAGUGUGAGGCACCUCCCAGUGUAAAAUCAGCUCCCAACCCCCCAAAGUUUCCUGCAGACUGGGAGUGCAAAGGGAAACCCUUCUCAGUGCACCACUCAGCUGUGGGCAUUGUUGGCACACACCGGGGUGUACCCCUGGGAGCCAGCCCAGGAGAGUCUGCAUCCAGCCCUCUAACUCAGGGUCAAUGCUGCCGGUGGUGAUAGAGUGACGUUGUGUCUCCCUGUGACCCCUUUCAUCUUUUUCAACCAGCCUUUUAGCGUGCUUGAGCCAGAUCUGCUCUUUACUCCUUUUUCCCCAAAGAGGACACUGUACCCACAGUUGUGUCUUAUUAUCUGGGGACCUCAGUCCUGAAGAGGGUCAACUCUUUCUGGAAAAAUUGGAUUUCCCUCCCGGAGUUUUUUGUUUUUGUUUUCUUUUGGCAAGACAAGCUUUACGUUAGAGCUGCUUUUGUCUCUCCGAUGUGUCUCCUGAUGUGGCAUUGUUGCAAGGCUGACUUACAGUUGGAAAUGUUUAAACUGCUUCCUUUGAGGACAAGUUUGAGUUUUAGUAAGCUGUAAAGCUGUUUUAUUUGGUUCACUGUAAUUAAGACAAGCACAAAAACAAGUGAAGAGACAGCACAUUUCAGUGUAAUCCCCUUUGGAAUCUUUUCUGAAGUCUUGGUAUGUCUUUAUGACACAAAACAUGGAUGGACGGGUGAGUGAAAAGUUCCUGGUCGCAUAACUGUUACCAUGAUCCAAAAAUAAAUCACUUUUAUCCAUAUCUGGA